AUGAGUUCUGAAGAACCGAACCUCCAGAGACGGGCGUCGUCGCGCAAGUCGGUUACUUUCACAGACGAGAGGGUAGUGGUCGACGCCGACGGCAGCGUAACCAUGGUUGCCACGCCCAACGACGACACCAAAGAAACAGCCAUGUCGCACACACCCCGUACGCCACCUCUCUCCGCUGCGCUCGGGGCCUUUACUGAUGCCUCGCAAGCACCCGCAAACGGCGCGGCGGACGGAGCCGACACCAACCCGGAUGGACUUGACCUCUCGCUCAUGAAGAAAAAGAAGAAGAAGGUCAAGAAGGAGGACGGCGAGGGCGGCGACGCUGCCGAUGCGGCCGGCGGCGAGGAGGCGAUCGACCUGUCGAUGAAGAAGAAAAAGAAGAAGAAGGUGCCCAAGGAGGACGACGAGUUCUCCAAGAAGCUCGAGGCGCUGAAUCUCGAGGGCGGCAACGGCGCCGAGGCCGCCGCCGAGGAGGAUGCGCAGGAGGGCGACAUGGACAAGGGCACCGGUAUCUGGGGGCACGACGAGACACGGAUCAUCAGCUACAACCCGCUGCUGUCCCGCUUCUUUGCGCUGCUCGCGCAGAAGAACCCCGACCACGCGUCGUCCGGGACGCGGUCCUACAAGAUCCCGCCGCCGCAGUGUCUGCGCGAAGGCAACAAGAAGACCAUCUUUGCGAACCUGCCCGAGAUUUGUAAGCGCAUGAAGAGAGCCGAAGAGCACGUCACCGCGUACUUGCUUGCCGAGUUAGGCACCAGCGGCAGCGUGGACGCCAACAGGCGGUUGGCCAUCAAGGGUCGGUUCCAGCAGAAGCAGAUCGAGAACGUCCUGCGCACGUACAUUAUAGAAUAUGUGACGUGCAAGACGUGCCGGUCGCCCAACACAGACCUGUCCAAGGGCGAGAACCGUCUCUACUUCAUUACCUGCAACUCGUGUGGUUCUCGCCGUUCGGUCCAGGCCAUCAAGACCGGUUUCUCUGCCCAGGUCGGGAAGAGGAAAAAGAUGCAGGGUUAA